UCCACGCGAAUUAUUCUACUGCUGCCCUAACCUCACAAAGUCACAAAAGUGACAGCCUUGUUCGUGCUAAAUGGUUUUGAUUUUGCAUUAUUGAAUCCGUUUAUAAAAAUGUCACGAAACAGCAUUAAAAUUUUACAAGGAGCACUGGUCUGUGAAGAAUCGAAACUUCGUGGCGACAUAACUAUCGGUACAGGAACUAUCAUCCACCCUAGUGCAACAAUUUUGGCUGAAGCAGGACCUAUUAUCAUCGGUGACUGUUGCCUAAUUGAGGAACAAGUAAAAAUUAUCCAUCGACUUCCUUUUGAUCAGCAGGAUAAAGAGAAUACACCAGUAUUAAUAAUAGGUUCACAUAAUGUUUUUGAAGUAGAUUGUCAUGUUGAGGCACCCAAGAUUGGAAACUAUAAUGUCUUCGAGUCCAAAAGUUUUGUUGGGAAUAAAGUUACUGUUACAAAUGGGUGUAUAAUUGGUGCUGGUUGCAAAGUCACACAGGAACAAAUUUUGAAAGAAAAUGUUAUUAUUUAUGGACAUGAUUGUCACAUGAGAGAAGGUUUAGAUCGACCUGGACUCCAAACACUUCAGAUGGAAACACUUUCAAAAAUGUUACCAAAUUAUCAUCACAUUAGAAAGCCAAAUAAAAAGAACUAAUUGUAAAAAAAUUAGGGAACCCCAUGAGAGACUUGUGAAUUGCUCUUUUGCAUUUUAAGGAUAAUAUUACACUCGCAAAAAUUUAAUUGAGUUAUUAAUUUUUCAAAUGUUUCAUCAUAUUGUAUAGUAAUUAAUUAUUAUUUAUUUUUGUCUCUAUAUAUUUAUUAUGUAUACAAAUACUUUCAAAAAUAAGUAAAAAAGUUAUAGAAAAUAAUAUUUUAUACUUUAACUGUAUUGUUGCUUUACAGAAAAAUACGAAAAUUACAUUUAAUGUAUGAGUAUGGAAUAUGUAUUUAACUUUCUGGUACUGACUUUUUAUACAAAUAUUAUUAUUACUUCUUUAUUUUUGUUAUUGUACUUUUGUCUUUAAUAAUGCUUACCUACUAACAAUUUAGUUUGUUAGUUGUGAGAUAGUGAGAUAGAUAAACGAAAAAAAUCUGGUAAAGAAAACGUGUGAAAUUCGUGGUUUUAAGGCAGUAAUGUUAAUGCAUGGUAUGUUAGGUCACCUAACUAGAAAACUAAGGAGACAAUCUAACGACAGAUAUUAACUUCCCAGUUCAAGUUCGUUUUUGUUAAUGUUCGAAUUUGUACUACCCGUAAAAAACCUAUUGCCAAAAUUUCAUAACAAAUUGGCCACAAAAAUUUAUAAAAGACUUGUUUUCCUAAAUUUACUAAGUACUGUCAAAAAUCAUUUAGGUCAAAAAGAAUUGUGCUAUUUUUGUACAACUGUUAAAAAUGACUUUGACUAUUGUGUAUCCUUUCAAUACAAUUUUUUUUAUGGUUGCUCAUAUUUCAACGUAAUCACCUAAUCACUAAUCAUAAGUUAAAAAAAACUACUUUAGUGGGUAGCAAUAUCUAUUGUACCUCAGUAUAUUUUGCAUAAAAUGCUGUUGUAUAAAAAAUGUUUGAUCUCUUGUUCUAAGAAAUAAUAAAUAAGAAGUGAUUAUUAAGUUACAAUUUACAGUUUAAAUAUAGUCAAGGCCUUACAAGCGGGAUUAAUCGACAAUGUCGCUCAAGCUAUUUCGUUAAAUUGAUCUAAUAUUUUAUAUAAAUUUUUAAAUAUUAUAAACACCUAUUUUAUAA